AUGUUCUUCAUUGUACCGGACUGCAAAAAUCCCAAAGGUGACCCUAGCUCAGCACCAGGCACAUCCUCGUCCCCUUCUGAAGCACCUAAGCGACAGCGUACCUCUCCUGAAAGCGAAGAAGUAGCUGGCUACUACCCCAGGCGCAAUCAAAAAGCGUGCGAUCGGUGCCGACUGAAGAAGGCUCGUUGUUCGGGAGGGAAGAUUUGUGAAAAGUGCAAGCGUGACGGGGUGAUCUGCACCACAAACAGAGAGUCGAAACGAGAUCCAACCACGAAACCGCCAAACGCAGAAUAUGUCCACUUGGUAGAAUCGCAGCGGGAUGCUUUGUUGAACGCGCUGAGAGCAAUCUACGAAAAGGACGCUUCUAAAGACUCUACAAUACUCUCAGACGUGUUGAAAGACCUUGGUAUCGGGGUGGAAGAUCUGAAGAGACUCCCUCGGCGAACAACUGCUCAAGACGCGCCCGUUGAUUACGAUGAUAUUGACCUCCACCGAAAUGCUGCAGAAAUACAGGCGUUAUUGGCCGAAUGGAAUAUUCCCAUCACACAGUCAGAAACGUCUGCCAACUUUCCAACAUCGCCUCAAAGAUAUUCAAAUCAGUCAGGACAGCCGAAAAAUAGUGUGCCAUUGUCAAUGUCUAACUCCUUGCAAUACCUUGCUCCUGCGGCUUCGGCAAGCAGUAUUGUUGAGGACUUGGACUCAAUCACAAUGCCAACGUCCGUCAAUGACUUUGAUGACUGGCUUGUGACAGAUAAGUUCGAGGAUGACUGGCCAUCAUCCGUCUCUGGUUAUCCCAAUGGAUAA